AGAUAUUUGACACUAGUCUAAGAUCAAUCUAUUAUCUCCUUCAAGGAAACUAGUUGUUGUGAAACAGGGCUUGUGGAAGCUUGUUUUUGUCGUUUUACAGCACUCCUAACUGUCAGGAAAAAUGCUGAACAAUUCAGGGGCAAAGUCUGUCAUGACCCCAGCUUUAUUUGUAAAUCCUAACCUUGGAAAACAGGAAAAUCCGAAUGAAAAUGCUACAUCUGAAGUAUUGAAGCACAUUCUGAAUGAAAAUGCUACAUCUGAAGUAUUGAAGCACAUUCUGAAUGAAAAUGCUACAUCUGUAGAAUGGAUGUUCACUCUGAUUCCUCCAUACAUCUCCAUCAUCAGCGCGCUGGGAUUUGUCCUCAACGUCUUUGUGCUGUUGGUUUUCUGCCUCCAUAAGAAACCCUACACUGUGGCUGAGAUCUACCUGUGCAACUUGGCUGCUGCCGAUCUUUUUCUGACGUGUUUUUUACCACUCUGGGCUGUCAAUGUUUACAAUAAGUUUCAAUGGACGCUUGGGAAAGAGUUCUGCAAAGCCUUCUAUGUGGGCAUCUUCAUGAAUGCCUACUGCAGCAUCUACUUCCUUGCCCUUGUCAGCGUGGAUCGUUAUUUUGCUCUUGUGCACCCACUUUCACAUGAGACACUGCGCACGCCUUUUCAUGCCAGAAUUUCCUGUUUAGUGGUCUGGAUUCUGGGAUUCUUGUUAAGUAUCCCAUCACUCAUCUACAGGGAUGUGAAACCUGAUCAAGGCUGCAGCCUUUAUUACCAAAACUCCACUGUGCCUAUUUUGAUAGAGUCAAAAAUUUUUAUUUUCAGCUUCAUUAUACCCAUUAUCAUCAUUUCCCUCUGCACUAUCAGCAUUCUUAGAGCUCUGAGUAAAAGGUCAAAAAGGGUAAAUGUGAACAAAUCGGAGAAUAAAACCACCAUUUUGAUCCUGAGCGUCCUUCUUGCAUUCCUGAUCUGCUGGAUCCCAUACUUCCUGACUCAGAUCCUGGAUGUCUUUCAUGAAAACAAGAUCCUAACCGAGGGCACAUACGGUCUGGAAAUCUGCAAACAGAUUUUUCCCUGCUUGGCCGUCUUCAACAGCGUUCUCAACCCCUGCCUCUACGUCCUUGUCGGAAAGCGUUUUAGGCGCAAGGUUAAGGAACUGUUUUCGCAGCAGAACGAGAAGAGAAGUGCCAUCACCGGUUUUGUCAGCACACGGACAUACCUGACAACCAGUGUGAGAACCUGAAAUGUUGCUAACGCAUAGGGAGCAGGAUUUUUUUUCAUGUCUUUGCAUGUCUACUUCCCUGUAAUAAUAUGUAUAUCUGCUUUUGUUUUAAUUAAAAAAAGAAAACAAAAUCUGGUCUGUGUCACAGAGGUUUAAGCAGUUGACCUCUGAUGGAAGGAUGCAGGCUAGCCCUUUGUGUGUAUGAGUGUAACUGUAAAGCACUUUGAGGUUUUAGGAAGGUAGAAAGUUCUAUAUAAGUAUACGCACUGUGUGAUAGGGGAGUAAGGAUUAAUCGACUUGAUCGAUCAAUGGAUUUAUAUACUAUCCAACCAGAUCAAUCUGUCUGAAGAACAGUUGUUUAUCGAAUUGUAUUAUAAAAUGAUUUUUAAAAUGAAACAAUCAAUAUUAGAAAAUACAAUUUGGAUUGAGACUUGGUAGGUUUAUUUUACUAUAACGUAAAAACAAUCAGUCCAAUGUGUGGAGACACUGAAUUUUACAUACAUGUGACCAUAAAGUGUGGAUUAUUUGGAUGAGGAAAAACAACAGUGGGCUAAACUUUAUGAAACUAAAAUGUAAAUAGAUUUGUCAUUAAUUCUUGUUUACUUGUUUGUUUGUACACAUAUUUAAUUUACCACUUGGUAAUCUUCUGAGGAAUCUACCUUAGUGAAUUGAUUGGUUGGUAAAAAUGAAUCAUAACACCCCAUAAUGUGUGAGUAAGAGCUUCUCACAGGAAGGAGACAUCCAAACACAGCAAACCUGAAUGAAAGAAUGUUUUUCUCCCUGUCUGUUACAAGUUCCCAGCUGCUGCCCCUGUUUCACCUAGAAAUAGUUCAAAGCAAUUAACAGAUUGUUUUCUGCAAUCUUGGAGUAUUUUCAGGCUCCAGUGUGUGACCAUUUUCUUUCUUCUUACAUUUCACAGCUCACUGUUCCCAUGACAAAAGAAGGACACAUAGGAAGAAAUGCCUAAAACGUAUGGGGAUUUUUUUUAAGAUCUAGUCCUCUAUUUAACAGAUUGUUAUCACCUUUUUCUGAAAAUAAACAUUUUCCCCUGUGUAUUUUUUUCUUGCAAGACCUGUAAUUUGCAAUCAAGCUUUCUGACUUAUCUCCUGCCGUCUGUGACUAACCUGCUGGUCUACUUUUGGAUUUCAGUUUCCAUGUUUUCUUCAGUAACUUGAUCGAGGACAACGCCUUCUUCUCCUUUGAGCUUUCACAAAUAGAGUACUUCCAGCGAAUAACAUCUGACUGGAUGUUGUUUCCAACUAAAGUUCUCAUCACCGUCUCAUAUUUGCUGGCAGUACUCCAUAUCACCCUGACCAAACAAUUCUCCAGUGUUUUUUCUUUUUUUUCUCUCUGCUGGAUGCACAGUGACACACUGACAUCCUUCAUUGGAGAUUUAGCUGAACACCUCCCAUAUCUUUUUAAAACACUGGAUUCUGUUCAGAGAGUUCAUCAAAGUUUCUCUUCAUAGUUUAAUCAGAAGCAGGAAAGCAGAAAACCUUCCUUCCUAAUUCCUAAUUAUCUAAAGGGAAAUCCGCACAUUGACGUCAGUGUGUUCAUCUUGUAAAACAUUCAAGACAAACGUUCAGCCUACUUUGAUUCUGGUUUUAGAAAACUGUUUUAAAUGUGUUGUAUGAUUCGCUACUGUGUUUUUACAGUUAUUUUGUUUUCCAUAUCUCAACUUCAUCAAAGUGGAGUUUCUGAAGUGUUCAUUGUGGUUUGUGUGUUUUUGUUUAUUGUUUUUGCGACUCUUUUUCAAACAAUUUAAAACAAAUUGUUUCAUUAUUACUGUAAUAACCACUAUUGCAGUAUUUGAACAAACUUUGGACUCCUACUGUGCCAUUUUACCCAAAUAUCUAUUAUUCACAUCUUCUGUACAGCAUUCUGGAUGGAUGGUAUACUGCACUGUUAUUGAUUAUUAUUAAUAUAAUUGUCAUUGUUGAACUUUUCUUUAUUUAGUUUUCAUAAAUACAUUGAAUCCAGUCUGUGACUAUAUAACCUUUGACAUUUAAGAUACAAGAAAAACAUGUGACUGUUUUUGCUGAUUCAACUAUGAACAUUAUUACUAAGAUGCCUUUGGUGUGUAGAAUAAAAAAAUGCAAGACA